AUGAAAGCUCUAUCAAUAGAACUUUUACAUCUAUUUUUACUAAAUAUUUUUGUAUUAAAUGCUUUACCGGUUCUCGACGUGAAAUCAGGGAAUCAAAAUAGUAUAAAAAAUUCCGACAAAAAAGCAGUACUCUUGCAAUCUCAUAUAAAUAAUUUAACGUCAGUUUUAAAUAUUUCAUUAGUCUUACCAAAAAUUCAACUGCCAGAAAAUUUCAACUUGACAGAAGUAGCAAAAAAUUUAAAAGAUUUUGGUAUUCAUAGUUUAAAAGAUGAUAAACAUAUUGAAGGUGUACCAUUGGAUCGACAUGGAAAAGUAAAUCCAGAUUUUCAUAAAGAAAUUUUUCUUGGUAAUCAUGAAUUAUUCGAAUCGGACAUUCAACAUGACGAAAACAAGCGAAAUAAAAAACUAGAAGAAAUAUUUCGAGAAGUUGAUUUGGAUCAUAAUGAACGUCUAUCGCAGGAUGAAUUAUUUAAUUAUGUAUAUAAAAAUGUUCAACAGCAUUUGAACGAAGCUCGAGAUAGAAACUUACAGCUAUUUCUAUUGAUCGAUAGCAAUGAGGAUGGUAUAGUAAUGUGGCAUGAAUAUGUUGCAUUGUAUAUUAAAUUUCAUAAUAUGAGUGCAUUGAAUAUACAAGAUUUGAAUAAUAUUAAUAAUAUUCUGGAUAUGGCUGAGCCUUCUCUGCAUCGAGAACUCGUGAACAUUCACUAUCGUUGGAUACAAGUUGAUGAUGACGGUGAUAAUAAACUUAAUGCGGAGGAAUUUCUAGAAUUUCGACAUCCUGAAGUAUUUGGCCGUUUAUACAAAUAUAUGGUUGAGGACCUUAUGGCACUAUUGGAUCGUAAUGGUGAUAAAAAAAUCGGCAAAAAUGAAUUUUUCUUUGUAUCUCCGAACAUAUUGUUAGAUAAAGGUGACAGUGCAUGGGAAAACAUGAAUAGAAAAUGGAUAGAAGAACAAAAAGAAGAGUUUCGUGAAAUGGAUCUAGAUAAAGAUGAUUUUUUGACCGCGGAUGAAUUAUCGCAAGCAUUUAAUCCACUGAAUCGUGUACAUAUCGGUAUGCAAGUCAAAAAACUAUUCUCACUUGUAGAUGAUUCGCCAAAAGAUGAUGUUUUAUCAUUAGAAGAAAUAAAAACACAUGUCGAUGUUUUUACUAAUAUAAAUAUUUUAGACACUGAAAAAGUAUUACACGGCAAUACAUAA